UUGCCAAUGAACUUCAGAAACUACAGGGUGAAACAUUAAUGAAAGAUGGGACAGAAGUCACCAUUCUUUCAGUCAGUUUUGGAGCACCGAAGAUGGAUGCACAAACUGCAGAUGGUGCUUCAGCAAAUACUGCUCCUCCAGCAGCUUUAAAAAGCUCCAAACCUUCAGUGUCAGAGCAGACAGUGGUGGAGAUGCAGACAGAAGAACAGAUGGAUGUGGGAGGAAAUGCUCCUAGAGACCAUAGAAAGAAAUCUAUGGAAUGUGUUGUCCCAGUGGCUCAUUACUGGUAUGUGAGCCAGAUCUACAAAGAUGAAAUCAGACGCAUAGAGAAAGAAACUAAAGUUAGCAUAAUGCCAACUGUCACUGUGGCAUUUAACACUGAACAUGAAGGUGGGAAUCCAAGUGAGGCUCUCAACAGGUUUGCAGAUCUCGUCCAAAAUUGUUUGUCUGAUUCCACUUCCUCAGUUAUUCCUCUGAAGUCUGUAGAUCCUAAUCGGUGGGGUGAUGCACUGAAAGUCAUUAAUAACAAUGACAGCAAGCUUUUAGUCACCAUGUCCUCUGAGGAAAUGACUUUCUGUGGGCCACAGCUUUAUAAAAAUUUUCUCAGUUCAACUUUAAAUGCAUCACAGAAUUUCAACUCUCCUGAAGAGCCAGCUAGGUCAGCAAGAUCUCAAAACUUAAACGAAGAGCUCCGCCUGAAAAUCAAAAUGACAAUCAAAGAUAAUCUGACCGAUACAGGACUAACCAUAGCUGAGAACUCAUGGAAACGCUUCAUCUCUUCCUAUGAUAACAAACUUGCAAAGAUCAAAGCUAAGUUCAAUGUGGACUUUAACGUAUCCACCAUCAGUGGGGGCAAAGUUAAUGUCAAAGCGUUCUACAAGAGACCUGGAGAAAACCCAGCCAUGGAGAGCCAUGCUGUCAGAGCUCUGCUGCGUCUGUACCAGAAGAUUAUGAUGUCACCCAUCAAGCAGCCUCCACCUUAUGGUGCCACUGGGCUCAGUGGUUCUGAAGAGGCUUCCAGCAGAGCUAGACUGAACGGUCAUUCAACACAGAACAGCAAAGAAUCAGCUAGAGGGGGCGCUACAGGUGACAGCAAAGAUGACCAAUGCUGUAUAUGCAUGUCUGAAUUUACUAAUAAGCAACAGCUGAAGUGUAAGCAUGCAUUCUGCAAAGACUGCCUGCAAAAGGCAGUGCAGCACAGUGGACCAAUCUGUCCUAUAUGCAAAGAUGUGUUUGGUUUGGUCAAGGGAAACCAACCUGAUGGAACAAUGAAAUGGAAAAAACAUAAAUAUAUAGACCUCCCUGGAUUCCCAGGCUGUGGCCACAUAGAGAUCACCUACAAUAUCCCUACAGGAUUACAGAAGAAAAAUCAUCCCAACCCUGGACAGUACUUUGCAGGAACCACUAGAACAGCAUAUCUUCCAGGCAACAAGGAGGGGAAUGAAGUUCUGCACCUGCUGGAAAAAGCCUUUGAGCACAAGCUGAUUUUCGCUGUUGGAGCUUCUAGGUUAUCAGGUUGGGAGAAUAGAGUGACCUGGAAUGAUAUCCAUCACAAGACAUCCAUGACAGGAGGACCAGAGUGUUAUGGAUAUCCUGAUGAGACCUACCUGAGCAGAGUCAAGGAGGAGCUGAAAGCUAAAGGCAUUGAGUGA